AUGGCGACGCCCCAAGCCGAAGCGGAGCCUGGAGCUUUUGCCCUCGGCUCCUUCAACACGGCGCUCUGCCUGGUGCCGCCAGAGGACAGCUGGGCGGCGGUGGACAGCCUGCGUGUGCUCUACGACAAGGCAUACGGCAAGUGGCCGCCACACGUGAAUAUGGUGUACCCGUUUGUGCAGCCGGAACAGCUCGAAGGUGCGGUGCGACGGAUGCAGAUGGCGCUGCAGCAGUCGGCCGGCGAGCCUGUCGCGACGACCAUUGACGUGCAGCUGGACUCGACGGGCGUGUUUCAACAGCGGCGCGAGAAUACGGUCUUUCUGCACGAUGGCCGCGAAGUCAACGGGCUGGAGAAGCUGCGAGCACGGCUGCUGGCCGCACUCGGCACCAGCAGUCAAAGCCAGAGUCAGAGUCAGGACAAGGACGACAGCCACCAACUGCGAGGACGGCGAUGA